AUGGAGGAUUCAGAAAAAAGGAUAAGACACUACAGUAGCAAACACAAAAUCCUUCUCGUCGGAGAAGGAGACUUCUCAUUCUCACUAUGUCUAGCUUCAGCUUUUGGCUCGGCCACUAACAUCACAGCGACCUCACUCGAUUCAGAAGAUGAAUUGAGCAAAAAAUAUAUGGAUGCGAUGCAUAAUGUAAGCAUGUUGACGAGAUUCGGGUGCGAUGUCCAGCAUGAGAUUAACGUGCACACAAUGAGCUUCGACAACUCCCUGAGCCUGCGACGCUAUGACCGCAUUGUGUUCAACUUCCCUCACGCAGGAUCUCGUUUCUUCGGCCGUGAAUUUUCCUCUAAAGCCAUCGAGGGUCAUCGAGUGCUAGUGCAGGGGUUCCUUGAGAACGCUAAGGAGAUGUUAGAGGAGAACGGGGAGAUUCAUAUCACACACAAAACAACGUAUCCGUUUAGCGAUUGGGAGAUAAAGAGGCUGGCUAAAGCAGAAGGUUUGAAGCUGGUUAAGGAGUCCAAGUUCGAGCUGAGUCAUUAUCCUGGUUAUACUAACAAGAGAGGGAGUGGUGGACGUAGAAGUGAUGAUUACUUUCCCGUUGGAGAAUGUUCUACUCUCAUGUUUAUUCAAAAGAAAUAA